AUGGUGGGGGUUGGGGAGAUAAACAACAUGGCGGCGCAUUACGCUUUAACAAGAUUUUUGUAUACGAGAAUAUUGACCAAAACCUGUACAAAGAACUCUGGUUUUAAGUACAUUUUUAAUGUUUUUCAUCGAGGCACGGCAGCAAGCACUAUAAGUCAUAAAGAAGAAGAUCUUAUUCUCAGUGACAGCUGUGUUAAGCGACUGCAUCAGAUUGGUGCUAACGAUAAAUAUCUGCGAGUGAGUGUAGAAGGCGGAGGAUGUUCUGGUUUUCAAUACAAGUUUGAACUAGAUGAAAAUAUUAAGGAUGACGAUCGGGUGAUUGAAAAGAACGGUGCCAAGGUGGUGGUAGAUGAAAUAUCAUUGGAUAUUUUAAAGGGAUCGGAGAUUGACUACGCAGAAGAAUUGAUACGAUCCUCCUUUCGUAUUAUCAAUAAUCCACGAGCAGAGAUGGGCUGUUCUUGUGGCGUCUCGUUUUCUAUUAAACUUGAUUAAAUACAUAAGUACAUCAUGAUGUCGAGAUUAGCUUUGAAUAUUUACAAUUUUAAUAGCGAUAAUUAGUAAGUUUAUAUACAUACAUGUGUAACAAUAAUAUUUAUUGUAUAAAUGUUGGCGGACAGCUUGUAAAACCACCCUCAAAUUAAAAUAGUGGUCUCCAACUAA